AUACUUAUAACGUUAUUUUUACUAAAUAGUCCAUCUUAUGGUUCGUUCACUACAAUGUUGUCUAUCUACGUCACACGCCCACUUGCUGGCGGUUUCCCACCAUUGGCAGCAGCCCCUCAUUGGUGGCAGGCACGCGCCGACUAAAGUUGCUCGACGCGUCUUCCAGCAGAAAGCAGGCGACAUCACCAGCACAAGCAGCAUCGACCAACCACAACCAUGGCACGCCCAAGCGUUGCAGCUCGAAAUUUGAGCCUGACAGAAGAGCUUGAGAGGCUUGAGCAGUCCAUCACUCUUACUCUGCAAGAAAUCGACCACAACUUUAGCAAGGCGCACAGAAUUGUGACAACUAGUAUUAUUCCCGUGGUUGAGCAGUAUGGAAACCAUUCAAGAUCCAUCUGGGAAGCAUCAAAGUUUUGGAAACAAUUCUUCGAGGCAUCUGCCAACGUUUCGCUAUCAGGAUACGAAGAAUUGGCAAAUGAUGACGAAUCAACCAUGAUGGAGGAGAGCACAGCUAUGCGGCAGGACAGCCCGGUCGAAGAGCCAGCGCCUGAGCCAUCAUCGACCCCCGCGCCGCACCACGAUCUCAUAACAGUAGACGAGUCGAUGCUUGACGACGCAGACUUGUUAGGAAGCACACCGCGCCCAGCUGGUGGCAAGGUGGUACGGGCCAACAUGUCCGACAUUGAGUCGCCGUACGAGACUAUGCGCCGCGAAAUGAAGAAUAAACAAGAGGAAGACCAGACGACUGUUCUCGAAGACGAAGACUCCAGUAUCAUGUUCGCGCAACGAACUGCCAGACUACCAGACAUGACGAUGACGCCACAGGCACUAAUAGAGAGGCGCAACCGAGAGCAAGAAGUACAAGAAGGACAAGCAGGCAAGAAUCCGCUGCUGCAUCGCGUCCUCGACAAAAACUACCGCCUACAAGCGACGCCACACAAGUCGACCUCGCGAGGCACACCUGUCAAGUCAAGGCACGAAAAGUCACCGGCCAAGCCCAGCUGGGCAGACUCACCUGGGUCGUCACCUGAAAUGGCUGUACCCAAAAUGCGCAGCGAGGCCUUUAUGUCUCCGUACAAGUCUACAGCAAGGCAGCGGUUCGAGGCUGCGUCACAUAGGCCCCAUACGCCUGGUGUGAGCGUCCAAACGCCCGGUAUGGGCAAGAAGACGGCCGUAGAUGAGAUUACAUGGGAGAGCGACGAUGAUGAUCUCAUGGCAGGCAGAAGUCCUCCCAAGACAAUUCAAUUUGCCCUACCGCCUUCCAAGCUGCUGCAGACACCAGCGCGUGAUGCCAGCAAGCGGAUCGUGGAUGAUAUCUUGCUUAACGCCGGAAUCAACCCUGAUUCAUCCGAGUAUAGCCCAUCAAUGGUAAAACCGAACCGGGAUAUCCUAGACGACAGCUUUUAGUUCAAAGUAGGUGGUUGUGCUGGGCUGGGCAAACAGGCGGUUGACAAGCAAAAUGGCUGGCUAUAUGACGAAUUAUACGAUUCUUUGUUUUAUUUACUUCAAAUACCAUUUUUUGUCUUUAUUUUAUCAUUAAAGCACAUGUCACAUUGUAUGGCACAGGUUUUAAGAAUGAACUGGUUUAGAGAGUAUUAAACUAAUCGAUUAUUGUAAACUGAUCUGAAAAAGGCCCCAUUUCGCAGGAUGUCCUUCUCGCGUCUUUCGGAAUGAAAAGAUAGACGGGUCUGACUGAUACUGUAACAAAAUAGAAAGAAAAGGAAAAGCAAGAAGAAAGCAAUUCUAGUACAUAAAAGCAAUGUCCAAAUUGGACUCAAAAUUUCCCGUCUACGAUUCCAAAAACGCCUAUGCUUCCCAAUGCUGUUGAUAGUGGCUCGGGCCAGAGGCAGCGAGCUCUCGAUGCAUAGGUGUCGAGAGCAGCUGGGCUCUGGCCUGCCUGAAAAAAAGUCAUGUAUUCAUCGUGUCGUUGUUUUUCUGGUUUCAGAAGAAAGCGAGCUUGUGAAAAUCGUAGAUAUCAGAUCUCGCAAGCCAGCUUAGCUCCUGUAGUGAAGAAAGAAGUGGUAGAGCAGCUGCUAGUUCAAGACUGGUGGCGUCUUAUUUACUGCUUCUUUGACCAAAAAUGGCGGCGAGACUUCUUGGCAGGUUUGGGCUCGGGCUUCUGGAGGCUAUCGACAGAGUAGAGAGAAGCGUUAUCGGCUUCGCUAGCUUCAGUAGCGGCGGCAGAAGGGCGGCGGCUGUUGGCGUAGAUGUAAGCCUGGGCUCUUCUUGAGGCGGGUGCAAGAGCUUCAAGCAUGGGGCUGAUGUGCUGACGAUCAGUGCAAGCAAUGUGCAUGUGGCCGUAGCUGUUGAUGGAAAGACCAGCGUGGUUCAUGAUGAAGGCUUAUUGGUGGUUGUUGUUGAGUUGGGAGUAGUAGUAGAGAAUUGUGU